AUGUCAAUUUACCGUUCCCCAUAUCCAGACCUCGAUAUUAAGUCAGUCGAUUUGGUUUCCUAUCUGUUCUCGAAUCCUUUCAAUACACCCCUGGAUCACCCUUUGUACAUCAACGCUAUUUCAGGAGAGCAAUAUACCUUCGGAGAUGUGAUCCAGCGUACACGUUCUUUGUCCAACGGGCUUCGGCAAAGUAUAGGCCUGAAGCCCAAUGAUGUCGUGGCAUUGCUCAGCCCCAACACAAUCGAUUAUCCUAUAGUAUGCCACGCAAUUAUCGGCUCCAAGGCUAUCGUUUCUCCGACCAGUGCAGCUUUGACAGCACUUGAGCUGAACGCUCAACUCAAGACCAGUGGGGCCAGGUUCAUCGUCGUCCAUUCAUCGUUGCUGGAGACUGCUCAAAAAGCAGCAAACGGGACAUCCAUCGAGAAGAUUGUGUUGAUAGAUGGCCAAACACCGGUCAAUGGUCAACCUACAUGCAAUCAUCUCGCCAGCACAUUUGCCCCCGCUGAUUUCCUAGCUAUUAAUCCGGCCGAGGCAGAUCACCAACCCAUAUUCAUCUGCUUUUCCUCUGGAACAUCAGGUGCUGCCAAGGGUGUCAUUAUAACACACAAGAACAUCUCAUCAAACCUCCAGCAAUCGCGCCACUAUCUAGAUAGUGGUCUUCCCUCCCAGCGGUCCGCCAGAAAAUCCGCCGUUGCAUUCCUACCCUUCAGCCAUAUCUACGGCCUCAACCUGUUCAUGUGUCAGUGUCUGAUGUGGGGCACAACAGUGGCCAUCAUGCCAAAGUUUGACCUCGACUUGUACCUCAGUUGCAUCCAGAAAUACCGACCAGACGAGUUAUCGUUGGUCCCACCCAUUGCUCUGAUGUUGGUCAAAGAUCCACGGGUCGUCAAGUAUGACCUAAGCAGCGUGCGCAAGAUCAUGUCCGCCGCUGCGCCCCUGACAAUUGAAUUAGCUUCUGCCCUCGAAGCCAGGCUCUCAGCCAUUGCCAAGAAAGAGGUGUUCUGUACCCAGUCAUGGGGUUUGACAGAGACCUCACCACUGGCGACUACCUUGCCCAAUGACCGCAUGGAUAAGCGAAACGCGGGCGUGGGUUGCAUUGCGCCGAACAUGCAGUUCCGCUUUGUGGACCCCGAGUCGAUGAAAGACGCAGCCGUCAAAGCUGAUGGAUCCACAGAGCCUGGGGAAAUCUGGUGCCGGGGUCCGAAUGUGGUGAGCGGUUAUUACAACAACGACAAAGCCACGAAAGAGUCGUACCACGUGGACGAGGAUGGAAAGAGGUGGUUCCGCACGGGCGAUAUCGGUACCAUCGAUAAAGAUGGGUAUGUCGCCAUCCUGGAUCGCAUUAAGGAAAUGAUCAAGUACAAGGGACUGCAGGUCAUCCCUAGCGAGCUGGAGGGAAAGCUCGUUGAUCACCCUGACGUGGAGGAUGCGGCUGUGACUGGAAUGUGGGUGGAGGACAAGGCCACUGAGCUGCCGGUUGGCUUUGUGGUUUUGAGUCGCCAAGCCAAAGACAAGGAUCAGAAGGCUGUCCUUGAUGGGAUCCACGCUUGGCUGAAUGAGCGCGUUUCCAACUACAAGCGUCUGCGUGGAGGUAUUCAAGUCUUGUCGCAAAUUCCCAAGUCACCCAGUGGAAAGAUUCUGCGCAGAGAGCUGAGGGAUUUGCUGAAGAGUCAAGCGCCCAAAGCUCGUCUGUGA